UGAGCAAGGCAAGGAGAGGGAUAGUCUGUGAGUAUGAGUCGCGAUUCACGACUCUUCACGUCAACACACCAUCUUGCUGGCUGCCUCUGCCUCGUCUUCGUUCUCGCUCGCAUGCUUGGAGAUGGGCUUGAGCAGAUUCUCGAUGAGGGCGUUCUGCUUCUCGUAGUGCUUCUUGAUCUUCUUGUCUUUGAAGUGACCCUUGCUCGGCCUGCGUCUCAGCUCCUGCUCGUUGACGACACGGCUGCGCAACAGGAGCGGGUCCGCCGCCUCGUUGGCCGGGGUGAGGUAGCCCAUGGCGUAAGCCUCGUUGAUGCUCAUGGCGUUCUCGGGAGACAGGCGCGGUGCGGGAUCCGAGCCAGCGGGCUCAAUGUUGGACAGGUCCACCCGCAGAGGCAGAGGCUCAGAAGAGGUAGCGGUGCUGGCACUAGCGUCAGCAGUGGCAAGAGCACCUGUGGCGCUCAGUCGGCGAUCCAACUUGGCCUUGUCGGACUUCUCCAGGUCCACAUUAUCGAGCUCCGUCGUGUUGAGUGGGGGCGAGGUGCCGGGCUGGUGGGCCGCAUCAGGCGAGCUGGGAGGGGAGCCAGAAGUGGGCGCAGCAGUGGUGGCCAGCACCUUUACCGCGGACGUCGCAGGGAGACCACUACCAAAGAGGGGUGUCAUGGUCGCGUUCGUACGUUCGAUCGUGGUGGCGCAUUCAACGCUUCCCCUCCUCUUCCUUUUAUGCAACCUUGCACUGCUUUUCCUCGGGGCUGAGCCAGUGGGGGAAGGACAAACAAAUGGGGCGGUGGACGAACGUGGAUGGGCACGGUGCGCCUAUCGCCCCACGGCUUUAUUUCCUAUUUUAGAAACGCCAUCCAUAUUUUAUUUUCCUGAAUAUCUCCUGUUAUCUCGAAGUUGCGCCAUGGGAACGCGGCACGCGACAUCCGCCCCUUACUACUAUGUUGCCAGGUCUGGAGGGAUCUUCGUCGAUCCUCUUUCUUCUAAGGCCUUGCUCAUCAGCGGCCUGGUUAGAGAACAGCAAUUGUUGUGCGGGUCUUACAUAAUUACAAGAGAAUGAUCAAGAGAUGCCGAUGGGGCCAAAGAAGAAAAGGCUGAGGAGUAAAGUAGCUACGCCCGCAGGGUGAGCCGUCAGUUUCCACUCCUUUUCGCUUCGCGGGGCGCAGUGAUGACGAAUGGAAGUUACAGGCCGACAGAG